AUGAUUCCUAUUCAUUCAAAUAAUCAAAGUCAUAUUGAUGAUAAUGAAAAAAGUAACAAUGGAACAAUGAAUGAUAAGGAGUUUCUAACUCUUUCUCCAUUUGCCAAACUUUGGUUUUAUAAAAAAAUACCAUUCAAGAUUAUACUACAUUGUACUAUUUUAAUAGUAAUCACAACACAGGCAUUAUUGAUACAUGCAGCAUUCACAUCUUAUCGAAGAAAUACAAUAAGUACAUUGUCAGAGGUGUUUACGUCAAGAGAGACAGUAUACAAGAUUGAUGACUUUACUAAAUUGUUGAAUAGAACCGUUCACACUUACUACUCAUUCCCAAGUCAAUCAAUUGAUAAAUAUGAUUUUCUAAACCUAAACAAUACAAAUCUAAUCAAACCAAUUAGAUUAAAUAUCAACUAUUUUAAUACACCUUCCCCAUCUUCACAACUUCAAUCUUUUUAUCAACUCACUGAUCAAGCUCCUUUGGGACCAUUUAAUCAUUCUGACGUCAAAGAUGUAGUCUAUAACAUCAAAAGUGCAGAAUGUCAAUUCUCUUACAAGAAUCAAGCCUAUUCAAUGUUUGGUAAAGUUUCUUUUAUUUGGAAUAUCUAUAUAACAUUUGAUUUUGGUUCACAUGGAGGUCAAGUUAUGGGUGUAGUUAGACCAAUUCCUUCAAUCGAUGGUUAUAAUUCAAAUAUAAUAGUUUUUAAAGUUUUGGAUAUUCUAUUAUUUACUUUGGCCAUUGCUUCUUUAUGUUUGGGUUUAAAAAGAUUAUUUAUUAAUAUUAGUUUAUUCUUUAAAACAAAAAAACAAUUUAAUAGAAUUCCAUUAUCAUAUUUAAAGAAUACACCAUUUAAAGGAGGAUGGAUUGAUGUUCCUGCAUCGAUUAAAUUGGAAUUUAUUGGACUUUGGAACAUGUCAAAUAUAUGUGCAAACAUUUGGAUUAUAGUAGCCACCUCUAUGUGUUUAUCAGAACCACCUGGAAUUAUAUCUACAGAUACGUAUCGUAUAUUUAUUGGAUUUGGGUCACUCAUUACAUCAAUCAAUCUAUUAAAGUAUCUUAGUUUUAAUGAUCGACUAUAUACUCUGAUACUGUCAAUGGAAAGAUCAUUCCUUCGUUGUAGUAGAUUUAUUCUAUCUUGUCUACCCAUUGGUUUUGGGUAUGUUCUAUGUGGUGUAUCUUUAUUCUCAGAGUAUAGUGAUGAAUUUGCAGAUUUAAAUCAAACAUGUGAAACACUAUUUUCACUAUUAAAUGGUGAUGAUAUUCAUGCAACCUUUCAAAAAUUGGAAACAUCAUAUCCCUAUCCAUUCAUUAGUAAAGUUUAUCUUUACUCUUUUAUCACUCUAUUUGUUGUUGUUAUUUUAAAUAUCUUUAUCUUUGUGAUCGAGGGUGCUUACCUUUCGGCCAAAGAUACUUUAAAAACAAAAAGAACAAAAGAAAAGAAACAUUGUCAACUUGGAGCUAAUGUACUAAAUACAAGUAAUAGUAGUAGUGGUAGUGGUGGCAGUGGAGACAACAAUGAUGAAAAUAGUAAAAAGUAUAGUGAUCUCUCCCAACUUUUGGAAUUGGUAAAUAAUUAUAUGAUAUUUGAAUUUGAUGAUAUCUACCCAAUCAAUGUCAACGAUGGAGCUCAAGAUGUUGGUAAAACAGAAUUGGAUCAUAUUUUAAAUGGCAAUAACAAUAACAAUAAUAAUGGAAAUAUUAAUCUAACUAGAGAAGAGUUUAAUCAACUAUUGAAUGAAAUGAAUAGUCUACAAAUUAGACUUUUACAAUUAUCAAAUAAUAAUAAUAAUAAUAAUAAUAAUAAUAAUAAUAAUAAUAAUAAUAAUAAUAAUAAUAAUAAUAAUAAUGUCAUUUCAUCCUCAUCAGAAUAUAUUUUAUAA